CAGAUAACUGUUUAUCAAUACUGCACAGGUGUUAAAAUUCAGAGAAUAAAAGGAUAAAACAAUUUGCAAAAUACCAAUCUCAAACGUUUUGUUAUUACUAUUAAUAGGAACAAGGAGAAAAACAACAUGCGAUUUUUAAUUAUUCUUGCAUUUCUUUGCUGUUUGGCAUUCACAUUAGCGUCAAAAAAAUGCAGUAAGCAGUCUGACUGUGAAGCAGAUGAAUGUUGUGUUCAUAAUGAGUUCUUUCAGCGUCCAAUUUGCUUAAAAAGAUUUAGAGCAGGCAAGGGUUGUAUAGCUUUAUCAAGGUAUGACGAAGAGAAGGAUAUUUACUAUACGACUUGUCCUUGUCUUCAAGGUUACGAAUGUGAAGGUGAAGAGACAGAAGACGAUGGAUCUACUGUUGUGAAGAAUACAAAAUGCGUGGCAAAAGCAUUUUAGAAACCACGACGAAAUAGAGGAUUUUUCUUAACUCUCUGCAAUGGUUAGCACCUCAUCAAGAUAUCGUUCUUUAAAGUGUUCCUCUGUCUUCUCAAACGGAGUGUAAACAAUUACCAAACGAAGAGUCUUUUCUUAUAUUAAUUUUUUAUACUGAACAUAUUUGUUCAUUUCGUACUUUGUUUUCAUGCAAAUAAUGUGAAAUGUUUAAUAAAAUAUCAAAACCUUGC